AGAGCUGAGAGAGGAAAAGAACACAGAUCUCACAUGGUUCAGAUUUUUCUUUUUAGGUCCAGGAGUAAGAUAUAUCAUACGAAAAUGAAAAUUAUAAUUCUUCUUGGAUUCCUGGGAGCCACAUUGUCAGCCCCACUUAUCCCACAGCGUCUUACGUCUGCCAGCAAUAGCAAUGAGUUACUUCUUAACCUUAAUAAUGGUCAACUUUUGCCACUACAACUUCAGGGCCCACUUAAUUCAUGGAUUCCACCUUUCUCUGGAAUUUUACAACAGCAGCAGCAGGCUCAAAUUCCAGGACUCUCCCAGUUCUCUUUAUCAGCUCUAGACCAGUUUGCUGGACUGCUCCCAAAUCAGAUACCCUUCCCAGGACAGGCCAGUUUUGCCCAAGGAGCCCAGGCAGGCCAAGUUGAUCCCUUACAGCUUCAAACACCGCCUCAGACACAACCAGGCCCCAGUCACGUGAUGCCCUAUGUAUUCUCCUUCAAAAUGCCUCAAGAGCAAGGACAGAUGUUUCAAUACUAUCCAGUUUACAUGCUCCUACCCUGGGAACAACCUCAGCAAACAGUUCCAAGGUCACCUCAACAAACAAGACAGCAGCAGUAUGAGGAGCAGAUACCAUUCUAUGCUCAAUUUGGAUACAUUCCACAACUAGCAGAACCUGCUAUAUCAGGAGGACAGCAGCAACUAGCUUUUGAUCCCCAACUAGGCACAGCUCCUGAAAUUGCUGUGAUGUCAACAGGAGAAGAGAUACCAUAUUUAGGAAAAGAAGCGAUCAACUUUAGACAUGACAGUGCAGGAGUUUUCAUGCCCUCAACUUCACCAAAACCAAGCACAACCAAUGCUUUCACUUCUGCUGUAGACCAAACUAUUACCCCAGAGCUCCCAGAAGAGAAGGACAAGACUGACAGCCUAAGGGAACCAUAAGAAGUUGCCCUGAUCAUUCAGACAUUUUGGGAAAAAGAUGUGGCCAUGCCUUGGAUAUAAUUUUAGGCUAUUAGCUUCCUCAAUGCUAGUAUCAGUUCUUUGGAAUACAUGAAAUAUCUUGACUCUUCUCCUAAAUUUGUUUUUACUUAUAAAUGUUAUUAAACUCUUUAAAUAUGUCAUAGAAAAUAAUACAAUCAUGUAAUGAGUCUUGUCUUACAAAAUUAUAUGUCUCUUCAAAUAUCCUAUCAUUGUAUAAUAUGGAAUAUAAUAACACUGAGAAUAAAGCUAGUAUCAUUAAAUCAAUUGGAUAAUUGCAUUAGUAAAUGAUGCCUCUGCAAAAUGGUAGUACCCAUGAAGAUAUGUAUAUUGUCAUUGGAUGUAUGAUGAGUGUUGUGAUUGGAACUGAUGAAGUAAAAUAAGUAUCUAGAUUUGA